AUGGACGGUAAUCGAAGCACGAGCGAGCAGCCGGAGACGCGACAGGUUGGGUCGUGCCUCACUUUCGGCUCUCUGGUCGUUCAAGCUCAACGCUCCGGCGCUGCUCACAAUGACGGCCAGGAGAGCCCCACCAAUCCCGUCGCUGACUCGAAGCUAUCAGCCUCCCCUCUUUCACUCCCCAAUGCUCUCUCCGAGUCAACACCCCUCCUAGGCAGCAUGCGUGCUACGACGACAAAGUAUGCCGCCUAUAUGCGCACCUUCUCCGAGAUUCGCAAGGACCCCAAGGGUUUCCUCACCGAGCGGGCCCGGGGUGUAUUUGAGCAGCGUAUCCGUCCGGCGUUGGAGCAUGCUGGCAUUCGUGUGCCUACCCUCGAUGUCGAGGCUUGGGAUGCGGAGCACGGGGCGAGCCAACCUUGGCCUGUACAAGCUGUUGUUGAAGUCAUCAUUCUAGCGCAGAAAGGCUUCGGUGUAUUUGCGACAAAUAUCCAAGCUCAUUCUAUUCUAAUUGCACCGACGAUCGCUCUCGGACAUUUAUCUACGAAAGAUCUCGCUGCCUCGACCAUUUCAACGGCGCUUGCGAGUAUCACCGGAUAUUCGCUUCUUAACGGCGUACUCGCAUCGCUCGAUGCACGUCUUUCAGGGUGUGAUCAUCGCACUGCACAGCGCUGGUGCCUACGGGCAGCACUCAUUUGUGGUUUAGGCCUCUUUCCUAUCCUCUCACUCUGGGCAUCGUCCGGCACGUUGCUUAAGAAAGUCAGCGCUGCGACAAGCACCUAUGCGAAUGAAGUUGACGGGCUGCUGGAGACUGCAGCCUUGGGAAUGCCUGCAUGGGUGGUCGGAGAAGUUUCAAAACGAUACCUUGGCUCGCAAGGGAAAUCAACCAUCACGACACGGGUGCUCACCCUCGCUGCACCCAUGAACGCCGGCUUGAGCUAUCUUCUCGUGAACGGUCCCAUUCCCGCUCUUCAACGUGGCCCAACUGGUGCUCCACUCGCAGCUGUCUUCUCCCACAUGUUCGUCGCGUUCAUGCUAGGCGCAUGCGUCAUUGCCCUCAUCAUCCGUGCCGCUCUGCAUGAAGCAGCGCGGCUCGCCGGCGUUGAUGGCCGCCUGGAGGCUGCCGAGGGCUGGGUCGAAGCGCGUGCCGUGGAGAUAGACGCGCGCGUCGAGACGGCCCAAGAGCGCGCGGAAGGCUUACAGAGCAUGGCGAAAGGAGCGGUGGAGAAUGCAGACAGACUUCAGGCGCAGGUUAAAAGCCCAAGGUCCGAAGCUCCCGCUGGACAUGUUAGUUAUCCAACAGAUGGCGACACUGCCGAAGAGCACAUCGAAAGUUGCUCUGGCGAGGAAGCCCCCCUUCUUGGCGAAGCAUCUGCUCAGCCCGAAAUAAACAACGAUGACGGACGGACACACCUGCAGGAACUAGCUCUCGAAGCUGCCAAGGGUAUCGAUGGGGAUCAUGUUCAUGUUGAAGCAACCAAGGUUGAUGUGCGCGCAAAGCUUGCAGAAGAGAACCCUGAAGACAGGGGAUUCAUUCGAGGAACGCUGGAAUUGUUAAGAGGCGGUGUAUCUGGAGUCGGUAAAAGCGCGGCUGAGACGUGGUCAAAGGACUUCAGUGGAUUAUCUGCGUGCAUGCUGGGUCCCGUCGCGCUCGCAUCACAAGCAGUCCUUCUCGCAACGAGCACGACCAUCUUUCAGGUUCCUCGCUCGGUAAGUGAGGUUAUGACCAUGAGGACACAGAAGCUAUUGGAACGGGGAGACAUUGCACGAGCGAAAGUCGCGGUUUCAGUCGCGCUCCUGGGGAUAGUCAUAACGGCCGUGAUCAUCAGUAACGUGCUCAUAGCGACCGACAACAAGUUCGGCGAGAUGUUCAAUCCUGAUCCUUCGGUUAUCAAGUCGGUCUGUGAGGUCUUACCUGUUAUUGCCGUUUAUCAAGCUUUAAAUGCUCUCGGCGGUUGGGUGAAUGGCGUCCUGGAUGUACUUGGUAAACAGGCCGUUUUCCCGGCACUGAAUGCAAGCGCAGACUAUCUCAUUGGGAUUCCUCUUGGCCUAUACCUCACCUUCGUGAAGCAAUGGGGUCUAUCAGGCCUCUGGGUUGGCCUUGUCAUGAGCCACUUGUACGCACUGGUCGGCGCGCUCGGUGUAUUGUGGAAGGUAGACUGGGCAGCAGCGGCUGGAAAAGCUACCAAAAAUACUCAGGACCCUCCGAGUGAAGUACGCGUGCAAGACGUCGAGAUUGUUAUUGAUAGGGCUUAA